AUGUUUCGAGGUUCCGAAUCGGAGUUUCAUCUCGCUCUUGCCGUCUCCAAUAUUAUGAAUCACAUUCCUAUUAUUCUUGAGAUGGAAAAAGAUCAAUAUGGUACUUGGGCCGAGCUUUUCCGCAUCCAUACUCACUCACAUCGAAUCCUGCAUCACACUGUUCCAUCUAUCGGAAAAGAGCCACCAGUCAUUACCGACGCCAACCAUGAACAAGGGUCCACUCUUGAUGCCACCAUUCUUCAGUGGAUUUAUUCCACUAUUUCUACCGAUUUGCUGACCUCUAUUCUGGAACCCAACUCCACUACAAUUGAAGCAUGGAAUCGCUUGGAAGAUAUUUUUCAGGAUAACCAAAAUACUCGAGCUAUCACUCUUGAGCAAGAGUUUUCUAACACUCAUAUUGAGGAUUUUCCCAAUGUCUCUACUUACUGUCAGCGUCUUAAGAUGCUUUCUGAUCAGUUGAGAAAUGUCGGAUCCCCUGUCAACAAUCAUCGUCUGGUCCUUCAGCUGAUCUCUGGUCUCCCAGAAGCUUACCGUAGUGUUGCUACUUUGAUUCGCCAUAGCAACCCUCUUCCGACAUUCUAUCAGGCUUGUUCCAUGCUCACUUUGGAAGAAGCAAGUAUGACUAAGAUGGAAAACAGGGGCUCUCAUGUUGCUAUGCACACCACUCAGCCGAAACCUACUAAAGACACCUCUCAACGUGGAAACCGCCGCCCCAGCAACCGUUCUCGCUCCCGUGGCAACCAGGGUCGCGGAGGGGACGUCGUAACCGCAGUGCACCUCAAUCUGGAGCUCCCAGCACUCCCUCACCUUGGUCUGCUCCUCCUUGGCAACAGUAACAGCAGUACCCAACAUGGCAACCAUGGGGUUGGACUCCACCACCGUGGACUAUGCCACUGUGUCUGUAUCCCACCUCUCAGUGGACACGCCCUGCCGGUCCUCCUAAGCAGCCGAGCAUUCUAG